UAGAGUGAAUCAUGAAAAGUCGUUCUCACAGACGAUAGCAUCGCUCUCAAAGCUGGAAGAACUAUCUAUUAAAAUGGAUGAAUUGACUCCUUGUGUGUGGGAGGCUCUCCGUGGUCUGAAUAUCAAGAGUCUGACUCUGAGCAGUAUGAAGUGGGGAGAGUGGCAUGCAGAGUCGUUGACUCAGUCGCAAUCAUCACUCAAGAGGCUGGAAACACUUGAUAUUACAAUGGAUGAAUUGACUCCUUGUGUGUGGGAGGCUCUCCGUGGUCUGAAUAUCAAGAGUCUGACUCUAAGCAGUAAGGAGUGUGGAAAGUUGCACGCAGAGUCGUUGAAUCAGUCGCCAGCAUCGCUCAAGAGGCUGGAAACACUAGAUAUUACAAUGAAAAACUGGACUCCUUGUCUGUGGGAGGCUCUCCAUGGUCUGUAUAUCAAGAGUCUGACUCUGAGCAGUAAGGAGUGGGGAGAGUUGCAUGCAGAGUCGUUGACUCAGUCGCUAUCAUCACUCGAGAGGCUGGAAACACUUGGAAUUGGUGUGACUGAAGACAGUCCUGGUCUGUGGAAGGCUCUCCAUGGUCUGAAUAUCAAGAGUCUGAAUCUGGGUGGUUGGGAGGGGGAAGGAUUGAGGAUAAAUCCUUCACAGUCGUUGUCUCAGUCGCUAUCAUCGCUCAUGAGGCUGCAAAAACUUGAUAUUCAUGUGGCUGAAGAUAGUACUGGUCUUUGGGAGGCUUUCUAUGGCCUUAAUAUAAAUAAGCUGCGUGUGUUUUGUAAGGGUAGAGUAAAGUAUAAAGAGUCGUUGUAUCAUUUGCUACAAUCGCUUACACGGCUGGAAACACUUAGUAUUGGUGCGGAUGAAGCCUGUCCUGGUUUGUGGGAGGCUCUCCAAGGUUUGAGUGUCAAGAGUCUGACUAUUAAAGGUGAGAACAAAGGUUUCGAAUUAAAUCAUACAGAGUUGUUGUCUCAGUCACUAUCAUCGCUCACACUGCUUGAAACACUCGAUAUUAGUGUAGAGUAUUGGAGUACUGGUCUGUGGGAGGCUAUCCAUACUUUGAAUAUCAAGACUCUGAGUCUGAUUCUACAUAGGAAUGGGUGGACCGAUUUGCGUUCAGAGUCGUUGUCUAAAUCACUUUCAUCUCUCACACGUCUAGAAACUCUAGAUGUUAGUGUGUAUGUAUACAGAAGUUUACCUUGGAAGGCUCUCCAUGGUCUGAAUAUCAAGAGUUUGAGACUGAGUCUGAGACUGAUACUGAGUAGUGAAGAUUUGCAAGCAGAGUCGUUGUAUCAGUCAUUAGCAUCGCUCACACAGCUAGAAACGCUUAGUAUUGAAUUAGAUCCAGACAGCCGUGGUCUAUGGAGAGGUAUCCAUGGUCUGAAUAUAAAGAGACUGAGCCUAGAGAGUGAGGAGUGGGGAGGUUUGCAUAAAGAGUUGAUGUCCUUGUCACUUUCAUCGCUCACACAGCUGGAAACUCUUUGUAUUGAGAUGGAGUGUGAUAAUCCAGGUCUGUGGGAGGCUGUACAUGGUCUGAAUAUUAAGAGUCUGAGUCUGAGUGGUUUGUGGAAACGUACUGGAAUUGACGUGAAGCAUACAUUGUCGAUGGCAAAGACACUUGCAUCGCUCAUUCAUCUAGAAACACUUAGUAUUGAUGUGGAGCAUGAGAGUCUUGGUCUCUGGGAGGCUCUCCAUGGUCAGAAUAUCAAGAGUUUGAGUCUGAGUUGCGUGCGUAAAUCUUCCGGUAUUAAUGUGAAGCAUGCGGAAACGUUUUCUCAGUCGCUAUCAUCACUCACACAGCUGGAAACAUUAACACUACAUGUCCAUACAUACAUCGCACUGCAGGUACCUCAAUCAUUGAAGUAUUUAAAUAUCUACUCUGACACAAUGCUUCCAUCCAAAGUGCGCGAACUUGUGGACUCACUGGCUAUAUAUACUCAUUCAAUUGGGAUUAAGCUAGAAUUUGGUUGUGCUUCUAGUAUUGAUCCCCCAGAACGAAUCCCAGUUCAGGAAUACAUUCCAUUUCAACAGGAACUUGCUGCACGGAAAAAUGUUGCAAUGAAACGAUUCCGAAUAUAUGAAUGGCUUGAUUCUGCCGGUUAUGCCAUGUCUGUACGUGACAUUGGUGAUGUUGAUGACGUUGCUAGCGAUAUCCUUGAAGAUGAUGUUUAUAAACGAUUUGCACAAUAUAUCGAUCGUUACAUAAUCAAUCGAAUUUCAAUACUCAUUGAGAUAAGUCCAGGCUCAAUAUCUUGAAUUAGUGUUUGUUUUUGGUGGAUACUAUAUUAAUAUGAACCUUGUUGUAUAUUAAAUUUAUAUUGUAAAAAUUGAAACUGUUUUGACAUGUGGCGUAUAAUACUUUUUUAUGUUGUUUCUCUAUACAUGAAAUUGGGCUAUAACAUAUACUAGCUUAAUGUGUUGUUGACUUUUCGACGAUAGGUGUUACAAGAAAAUAUGGUAGAAACACACUAUCUUCCUAUUUCAAAACGGUUUUAGUCUAAUGUAUGUUGACAUUCAAUCACAUUAUAUACAUAUGCUCAUCUCAAUCUCAAAGAUAUUUCGCCGGAGCUUUUCUCUUAUAUGUAGUUAUUAUUAAAAUCAACACAAUUGUGUAAAUACGGCUCCUAAGUCGUUAAUGUCUUGAGAUUCAAAUCAGUGAACAAAAUAAUGUUUAUUUUUGCGUCCGAGCAAGUGACAAACUACUAAACGAAAUCAAACUGUAGACAGAUAUUACGUUUAUGCUUUGUGUCAAUGUUAUUGUAUAAGUUUAAAUUCAAUGUAUGCCUUUGUUUUAAUGACUUGUACAAUUUGGAACAUGUUGAUACAAUUUUAUUAGUGCGCUUUAUAGCAUGUACAUGUUCACAUAAUUGUCAACGCAUUUGACUUCACCUAUAAAUAUUAAAUAUACAAGAUUAAUAUUUCUUCUUUAAUAAAUAUAUAAUUCAAACU